CAACCAAAGACCUGCAGGUAGCCUGGAACUGUGUCAGCCACAAUCCUACUACAAUACCCAUCAUGGGAAAAUGUUGGUCUUUCUAACACACGGGGACAUGCUUCAACCCGGAAUCCUUCAGCCCCUGCCUCCAGAGACCGUUUCACUCCAUGCGUUCGAGCGGCUGCAAUUGAGUGUAUAUAUGAACAGAAUGCGCCCCCAUUUGCAUUCAUACACAAUCAACUGAGUGUGUAACUAUGGAGCAGGUUCUUCUUUUUGACUCCAUUCACUUCGUUCAUUAUCGGGUGCCGGCCAGUCUGCGCUGAGCGCACUGUUCCCAAUGGCGACCAACAAUACUACUUAUAUCAUUCUACCCUUUCAUUGGGGAAGUCGCGAUGUUUAUAUCUCGGACUGGAUCGCUCUUUUCACCCUUGGCCUGGCGCCACUUGUCGCUCAUAUCUUAUCUGGAGCACCGCGGCCAUCAUAUCUACAUCACGAUCGACCUCAAUGGCAUGAUGUGAUAUGCCACUACAAUCCGGCUUCUAUCUUAUGGCGAUAUGCAGCCAUUACCGACCGGCGUAUUCGAUCACGAAAUUGGGGCCCCGUGGACAUUGCAGCAAGUAAUGCCAUAUUCUGGACACCAAAGGGCUGGAAUGGGUCGGAGAAUAUGCUGGAGCGAGCUUUGCCGUACGCAACGCGAUUGCCGGAGGGGCCGAUGGUGAGACUUCUCUCGCUAGAAAUGCUGAAGACGGUCAUUGUUUUCCUCCAAGGCAUACAAGCUGUUACAUCCAUUCUCGGAAAUUUCACCUCCACAGGCGAUUACACAACCAUGGAUGCUGUCAGUGGACUGUUCAUACCGAUUGGGGCAUGUGGUCUUCUUCGGCUGUGCGCCGCGUUGUGGCUCACAGACGAUUUUCACUUCGCUAUUUCUGACGAAAGCCCCAAAUCAACACAACCACCAUCACUCAAAUCAUACGGCACUGGACUGUCAACUGGCUCAGUUGAUAGUCUAAGUUGUGAGCCUUACCACAAGCUCUUACCGCCUAUGCCUGAGGAUUUUCAUAUUUGGUACAGUAGAGCUUUCCGGAUGUUUUUCAUGAUGCCCAUAGCUGGGUGUUUCGCUCUUGAUAUCUUGUUUAUAUCACCUUUGGUUGGAACUUUCGGCAGGAAAGGCAUAUUCACGACAACCUCAUGGCUGCUUGGCGCGUAUUACUUGACUCUACUAGCACCUACAGUCUUCAUACUCGGAUAUUAUUUCGGUACCGGGCCCCUGCGGACGACAAUAAUACCUUGCAUAUCAAAGCUGUGGUACAAGGUUUAUUGCAUUUUCGUGGCAGUUUUCACUAUUGUAUUAAUUGCGGUAGCAGCUAUAGAAAUGAGAAAGACCUUUUGUGGGAAAUACACAAGUUUGACUCCCGAUUUUGAGCACCCGUGUGCCACAGGAAGCCAGCGGAUUUUCACGGUUGGACAAGAUAACGACGAUACAUUUGCCAUUGCUCAAGGUCUGAAAGGAGAUGGUCGGUUUACAGUCGCAAAUUUCACGGGGACGUGCUUAGGUGUGCCUGAUCUUGUGGAUGAGUGGCGUAAUGCAGCCUUGGUUUCAUGAUGCAAAAUCGCAAGUUGCAAUGGCUGGAAUAUCAUCUUUACGUUCUAUAUUCCUACUUAUAGAAGUGGAAAGGUAACGGAACGUAUUGCAAUGCCAAAAGUUGCUCUCAAAAUUGGCUCUGUUGGCGCAAGUCCAAUUUAAUCAGCCUAUCCAAGAUCAUCACGAGUCAUAUAUACACUAAAAACAUGGGAUCCCAUUGACAUUGGUGCAAGAUUGACUUUUUAACUAUUGUGGCAGUGUACAAUAUCCUGAUUUGUGGUUUUAUACAU